GCACAACCCCACCGCUCUUCCAGCCCAUAUCUUCUUUCCCUUCCUCUGUUGAACCUUUCAUUCAGCCUGGAUAUCUUCGAGACCUUCGUUUCAACUCAACCCUGGACAUCCCCUUCAGCCUCGAUCUUCCUAACCUCCGCUGAUCUCAACAGCCUUCCACAAACCUCUUCGACUUCCCAAUUCUCUAUCUUGACUUCAUUCACAAUGAGAAACCACCACCGCCGAGUUCGUUUCUCCGAGCAAAGCCCACGUUCAGCUGCACGAUCAGCUCAAGAGACCUCUUCACCUUCGGAGGGAAUUUCCCGAAACUCAGCCCACAGCCACAGCCAGCAAUCCGAACCGUCAGAUAUCCUGUCCACGACCGCCAACGAUGGUGAUGCAGAGUCGUCAAUGUGGAUGUACCAUCUUCAGGAUGAUCCCAUGGAACUCGAAUCCAACAAUCACAGCAUGACCACUUACUAUGAUAUGUUUUACGACGUUCCAGCCCCAUCCUUCAACCCUCUCACCAUGGCACGACACACUAUGCCUCGCCCACCACCAUUGUCCUCUGUUCCAUCUUCUAUUCCCACAGCCACAUCGACAAACCCCUCUCAGCUCCCGCUCCCGAUGCCCGAGUUGACUAGAAUGAGUUACACACGAGAAAAUCCUCAUCGCAUCACAAGAGGGUAUAACUUCACACCGUAUUACUCAUUCGAUCCCUCGCAUCCCCCAUUGCCACCUGACUUCCCUUAUCUUGCGAAAACCAAGCCACAUCAGUCCGAUGGCAACGCCAAACGCUGUCAAGCAUGUCAUGAUCCCCUUCCCGCCCCAAUUUAUCUCACCUGCGGACACCCUUACUGCAGAGUGUGCCUGAACGAACUUGUCAAGGUCGGUACGGCGAACCGAGCAUCGUGGCCGCCCCGAUGCUGCUUUGGUCGCAGCAUGGGCAUCGACGUCGAACAUAUACAAGAUCAUUUGGAUCGGCAAGUCUUGCUUCGUUAUAUUAGCGUCACUAACGAAUUUUGUGAUCGCAACCCAACCUACUGCGACAAUGCGUCGUGCAGUGAGUAUCUCGAUCCAGAACGUUUGGUUGCCUCAUCAAAAUUCCUCGAAUGCCCCAGAUGCAACAAUAAAAUGUGCAGCCUUUGCAAGCAAAACUCGGCCUCUCAUACAGGCAUCAACAAUGAUGAAUGCAGACCGCCCGAGGCGCUCAUGUCCCCUGGAGAUCUCAGAUUGGCCAAAAGUAAGAAAUGGAAACAGUGCCCUGGAUGCCGAGUUCUGGUCGAACGCACUGAGGGGUGUGCCCACAUGAUUUGCACCUGCGGAGUCGAGUUCUGUUACGACUGUGGUGAGCAAAGUGAUUCCUACGACCCCUCGUGCGCCUGUACAAGGGCCGCAAGUCAACUUGUGGAGGCCAGACGGAACAAUCAUCGUACCGUUUUAGAACGUGUCAGAGACGUUCUGCCUUCCUCUGCCCGGCGGAGGCGUGGUGACUGGGAUGUCCCAAGACCACCACAUGCGAUACCUCUAUGGCGUGAUGAAGACUGGCCCACCGUCAACCCUAUAGGAACGGGACAUCGUCCACAGAUGUCUCUACAGCCCACCCAGAAUCCAGAAUCGAUCCAGAGGCCAGUCCAACCAUACAACACGAUAGGUUCAACUCCAAACCCCGAUAUCUCCUCGGCAUCGGCCUUCCAACCGGGCCUCGAUCGUCACCUGCCCAAUACUAAUUACGAUAACAUGAAUGACACCUGGAUGCGUAAUACGAAUUUGCAAGGCCCUCGUUUCCACCGCCGCGGAUUGCCGCUGUACGAAUCCGCCAAUGCUGCCGCGGCUCAGAACAUCCACAUGAAAACAGCGGCCGAACGAAAUAAUCAACAUUGUCAGCCUCCAACCCUCCCAUAUCCACGAGUCUUCUAUCCCCCCGGGCCGCCAUCUUUAGCUACACCACGCUACAACCCAUAUGUACUCGCACCCCUGAAUCUCAUGGAUCCUGAAUCCAACACGUAUCAACAAAGUGUCGACAGGCAUGCCUCGUCGUCCAGCAAUCAUCGUACCCGGAAUAACGACCCUGCGCCGGCUGGCGAUAGACAAAGACAUAGCGACGAGAUGCGCGGAUGGCAUUGGCGGUAUCCAUACUUCGCCCCUCGGUCCGGUGGAGAGAGAACAGGUGAUGGUCCACCAGGCACUCCUGUCGAAGCUGCAGAUGUUGAUACCGAGAUUGAAGAUACGCCCUCUCUGAGCCCUUCUUCAACCCUACCGACCGAUCUCCGGUCUCGGCUCUAG